AUGGAAGUCACAUCUCUACCCACUGUCUUCAAGGCGUCUCAAAUAAUCAAGAAAGAAAAGACCUCUCAAACACUUCAACUCCCGACUUCUCAAUCAGUUAACAAACAGACGUCUCAAACAAUUAAAGAUUCAACUUCUCAAACAAGCAAGCAACGGACUUCUCGUUCAGUAUCAAUAGUUCAAUCACGAGUAGCAGUGCUACUAGCCACAUGCAAAGUAGUUGUCCUAUCCUCAAACAACACUCAACAUCAUGCGCGUAUCCUCAUAGAUCCAGGAUCGGAAUUGACACUGGUCUCGUUACCACUAGUUAAGAAAUUCGGGCUCCUUAAAAAAUCAUCUGCGAUUCCAAUACUUGGAGUUGGUAGUACUUCACCUGGAACAACUCAAGGUCUGGCUACUCUUAAUUUACAGUCCCCGCAUUCGCCAUCUCAAGCUGUUCUUGGACAAGCAUCCACGGAAUCUCAGUCGAGGCCGUUGCGAUCUUUUCAUUUGACCAGCAAUGAGGACCUACAAGAUGCUCUCACCAAAGUUUGGGUACUCGAGGAAGCUCCAACUGCAUCAGAGACUCACCUCAAUCUAAUGGAGUCAGAAUGUGAAGAACAUUUCUCUGCUACUCAUCAUCGAGACGAUUCCGGUCGUUACGUUGUACGACUACCUCUCAACUCCGAUGUCUCACGGUUGGGUAAUUCCAAGUUAACAGCACAACGAUGCCUUCAAUGUCUUCUCAAACGACUCUCCUCUGAUGUAAUUCUCAAAGAACGAUAUUUCAAGUUCCUUCAAGAAUAUGAAGACCUCGGACACAUGGUUGCUGUACCAAUAAACGCUCCAGAGCCCUCUCAUACGCAUUACCUCCCUCAUCACGGAGUCUUACGUGAGCAGAGCACCUCAACAAAGCUCAGAGUAGUUUUCAAUGGAUCCAGCAAGACGUCAUCUCAAGUAUCACUCAAUGACAUCAUGCACACUGGCCCUAAGACUCAAUCAGACAUCUUCGACGUAUUGCUUUACAUCAGGCAACAUAAAUACAUCUUCAUUACAGACAUAGUUAAGAUGUUUCGGCAAAUAAAGGUUCAAGAAGAUGAUUGGGACCUUCAACGCAUCCUCUGGCUAGAUCAAGACUCAACUGUUCGAGCAUAUCAACUAACUACCGUAACAUAUGGUAGAAGGUCAGCUCCAUAUCUUGCUUGUCGAGUACUGAAACAAUUAGUAGCUGAUGAAGACGCUAAUUACCCACUUGCAGUAGAUACAAUUCUCGAAGGCAGGUACGUGGAUGACAUCUCAGGCGGUGCAGAAACUCUCGAACAACUCAUGAACAUUGCUACGCGAUUAAAUGACAUGUGCCUCUCGGCGUGCUUACCACUUGAUAAGUGGAAAAGCAAUCAUCCUCAAUUCUCACCACCAAGUACCUCAACUCAACAAAUGCAGCCUGUUUAUACGUUCGAAGAUCUCACUUCAAAGAUACUAGGUAUCACAUGGCACCCUCACGAAGACAUAUUCUCAUUCCAAGGGAACAUCUCAUUCAGGCCAGCCAUUACCAAACGCUCCAUUCUCUCAGAGGUGGCACAACUCUUUGAUCCAGUUGGACUCAUCUCCCCAGUUAUUAUCAGAGCAAAAAUCCUGAUGCAACAACUCUGGCUAGAAAGGAUUGGUUGGGACGACUCACUAACGCCUGAAAUAAUUCAUGAAUGGGACAAAUUCAGAGAAGAUCUUAACACACUCUCGACAAUCAAAAUACCUCGGUCGUUACAUUUGCACACUCAAGCCGAUUCAAUAAAACUUCAUGGGUUCUCAGAUGCAUCUCAGUUAGCAAUGGCAGCAGCAGUCUAUCUCAGAGCAACGUAUUCAGACAACUCAUCAGUCGUCCCGCUAGUCUGCUCAAAAACGAAGGUGGCACCUUUCAAACGGCUAACUAUUCCACGACUCGAGUUAUCAGCGGCUGCACUACUAGCAAACCUCGUAAAGCAUACUCAGAAGACCCUCAACCUCAGUGAUGUGCUAGCUACCCCAAAUGCUCAUUGGAGAUUCACAUCCUGGAAACUCAACCUAGCUGAUUGUGCUUCUCGGGGCUCAAGCGCUUCUCAACUCUUUGAACAUGCAUUAUGGUGGAUUGGACCACCAUGGCUCUCGCAACCUCCUGAAUUUUGGUCAUCAACGGUAGCACCAUCUCCAGAACAUGACCUGGAAGAAAGACCCGGCAUUUCACUCUCAGCAAAGUCACCGCCAUUAGUAUGGGAUCUUAUUAACUUACCUCAAGUCAAACCAUUCAAUAAAGGUCUUCCGAAGCUACUCAGAAUUACGGCAAUUUGUCAGCGAGCCAUCUCAAAGUUCAAACGAGUUCCAAACUCCAGUUUAGCCAUCUCACCAAUUAAUCCAGCUGACUUAGAAGCUGCAAAGCAGUUUUGGAUACGGGAGACUCAACGUGCAUACUUCUCCUCAGAAAUGAAGACUAUUAAAGCUGGCAAAGGACUUCAUAAGAGUCAUGUUCUGUCUCGAUUGACGGCAGUGGUCGACCAUACUGGCAUAUUGCGAGUUGGAGGUCGUCUCCAGAACUCUCAAUUGUCUGAGGACAGUAAACACCCAGCAAUACUGCUCAGACACAGGAAGCUCUCAGACAAUUCUAAUUUCUCCAUACCGAGAUUACUCACAAGAAGAGGAUUCUAA